AUGGCGGAGAAAGGACAAGAAGAGGCAAGCAGUAAUCCUAGUAGGGCCAGCAAAAUUUCCGAAGAAUUUAGAAACACUAGAAAGGAAGGAAAGGCGUAUGGUAAUAUUGACAACACCUCUGUUAACAAAAAAGAUUUCCAAAAAGCCGUAGACCACCUUGACAUACAACUCAAAAUUGCCAGAGAAAUGGGAAACAUGGCAGUCGAGGGUAGAAUCUACUGUCAUCUUGGUAACGCUUAUUACCUUCAUGAAGAUUAUCAGAAAGCCAUAGACUACUAUGAACGAUACCUCAAAAUUGACAUAGAAGUGAGAGGCACGAAAGAAGAAGGAAAAGUCUUCAAUUGUCUUGGUAUUGCCUAUUACGAGGUUGGAGAUUUCCAAAGAGCCAUAGAGUACCAUGAACGAGGCCUCAAUAGUUUCAAAGAAGUGGGAAACAGGGCAGGAGAGGGAAGAGCGUACUGUAAUCUUGGCAACGCGUAUUACAGUCUUGGAUAUUUCCAGAAAGCUAAAGGUUACUACGAAAAGCACUGCAAAAUUGCCACAGAAUUGGAAGACAGGGCAGGAGAAGGAAAAGCGUACGGUAAUCUUGGCAACGCCUAUUACAGUCUUGGAGAUUUCCAUAAAGCUAUAGACUGCAAUGAAUGUGACCUCAAAAUUGCCAGAGAAAUGGGAGACAGGGAAGGAGAGGGAAGAGCGUCGUGUAAUCUUGGAAACGCCUAUGACGGCCUUGGAGAUUUCCAGAAAGCUAUCGAGUACCAUGAACAACACCUCAAAAUUACCAGAGAAGUAGGAGAUAGGGCAGGAGAAGGAAAAGCGUACUGUAAUCUCGGCAACGCCUACCGCAUGUUUGGAGAUUUCCAGAAAGCCAAAGAAUACAGUGAGCGAGACCUCAAAAUUGCCAGAGAAGUAGGAGAUAAGGCUGGAGAAGGACAAGCGUACGGAAAUCUUGGCGACGCCUAUCGCAGGCUUGGAGAUUUCCAGAAAGCCAUAGAGUACCAUGAACGGGAACUCAACAUUGCCACCGAGGUGGGAAAUAAAGCAAAAAAAGGAAGAGCGUACGGUAAUCUUGGCAACGCCUAUUGUAGUCUUGGAGAUUUCCAGAAAGCCAUAGAGUACCAUGAACAAGACCUCAAAAUUUCGAAAGAAGUGGGAGACAGGGCAGGAGAAGGAGGCGCGUACGGUAAUCUUGGCAACGCCUAUUACAGAAACGGAGAUUUUUUGAAAGCCAGAGACUACCAUGAACGAAACCUUGAAAUUGCCAUAGAAGUGGGAGACAGGGCAGGAGAAGGAAGAGCGUACGGUAAUCUUGGCAACGCCUAUUACAGUCUUGGAGAUUCCCAUAAAGCCAUAGAGUAUUCUGAACGAGACUUGAAAUUUGCCACAGAAGUAGGAGACAGGGCUGGAGAGGGAGUAGCGUACGGCCGUCUUGGCAACGUCUAUGAAGGUCUUGAAGAUUUUCAGAAAGCCAUUUACUAUUACAAGAACAGUGUUAAAGCGUUCGACCAUAUCAGGAGUAAGCUCAUAUUUAAGGACAAGUGGAAGAUAAGCCUACGCAAUACGUAUUUUGAUGUUAAGUCGGAGCUGUGGCAAAUACUGCUUAAGCAAGGCAGAGUCGUGGAAGCGCUUUUAACGGCUGAUCAAGGCCGUGCAGAAGCUUUAAAUGAUCUUCUAGAAGUCAAGUAUGGAUUUAAAGGGUUACCUCCUGAAAUGGGAACACUAUCGGCAAAUACUUCUGAUAUUCUGAGUUUCCUACCAUCAAAUACAGUUGUCAUUGGGUUCAACAAAGAUGGAAUAGUUUCCUGGGUGAACGAGAAAGGAGCAGAAAUUAAAUCCAGGAGAAGUCUGAUCAAUGUCCCCGUUACGACCUAUUUUCAGUCUCUCUUAGAGACCACACAUGACGAAAUAGGUGUGAGAGCUGAUGUUAAUUGUGAAGAUCGCUCAUUACGAAACCCAAAAGACGAAAAGGUAGCGAAAGAAAGAUCCAGUAAGACAGAGUCCCAUUCCUCGCAUUUUGAGUCGAAUUCAUUGCAAGCACUGUACAAUGUUGUUAUAGACCCUAUAAGAGACUUACUCCAUGGCGAUGAGAUUCUGGUCGUUCCACAAGGACCUCUGUGUUUGGCGCCUUAUGCUGCUUUCAUGGACUCGAAUUCAAAGUACCUCUGUGAAACUUUCAGAAUUCGUUUGCUUCCUUCACUUUCUAGUCUUCGAUUAAUCCAAAAUUGUUCAACAGAUUGGCACAGUAAGACUGGUGCUCUUCUUGUUGGCGAUCCGUGGGUACAGGAGGUGGUUUAUGAAGGAAAGCCGCUUGAUCAGUUAAUUUGGGCCAAGAGGGAAGUGCAGAUGAUUGGGGAAAUACUUCAAGCUGUACCUCUCGUUGGAAUGCAGGCAACAAAAGAUGAAGUUUUAAGACGUAUCUCCUCGGUUGCUUUGGUGCAUAUUGCUGCCCACGGUAAAAUGGAAACAGGGGAAAUUGCCUUGGCCCCAAACACAAUGCGUUCAACCCAGAUUUUAGUCAAAGAAGACUAUCUCUUAACCAUGAAAGAUGUUUUAAAGGCGCAGAUUAGGGCAAGACUUGUUGUACUCAGUUGCUGUCACAGUGCGCGGGGCGAAGUCAAAGCUGAGGGUGUGGUCGGCAUCGCACGGGCAUUUUUGGGUGCUGGUGCUCGCUCUGUUCUGGUGUCCCUGUGGGCGAUCAACGACGAAGCUACUUUGGAGUUCAUGAAAGUUUUCUACCAACACCUAGUUCAUGGACGGAGUGCCAGUGAGGCCCUGAAUAAAGCCAUGAAAUCCAUGAGAGAAUCUGACCGCUUUAGUGCAGUGAAGUACUGGGCACCGUUUGUUCUCAUUGGUGAUGACGUAACGCUUGAGUUUGAAGGCAUCGAUUAA